AUGCCCCCUUCGCCGCAAGGCGCUGUUUUCAGCGCCGGCGAUGACACAGUUGGCUGGCUUCAGGCGGUUGAUGUAUACAACAGUGGACCAUCGGGUCGACUGGCGGACGACAGGCGAUAUGUGACGUCGGAACCCGCUUCGUCUAUGGUGUACGGACCUUUCCAUGGGCGAUGGAACUUCUCAGGCACCCCGGGGGUUGGCACGGGGUCUGACAGCCAAACGCUAUCCCCGGGAUCAAACAUGCGCAUGGAUUAG